AGAGAAUAGAGCGAGAAUUGGAGGUUAUUCCCGGCUUUUGUCAACGUGACAGUUUUAAAUGGUCAUAAUAAGACGUGAGAGUGUUGUUUCCAUGUGGAUUUGUCCGUUUUAAAAGAAACCUCUGCAUAUAGUUCUUCAUUCAAACUUCAUAGACGAAAAGUAUCUAAACAUGCCGCCCAAAAAACUGCCAGCAGCCCCCAGUAAAAAGACCGAACAGAAGAAAAAGGAAAAAGUUAUUGAGGAUAAAACUUUCGGACUAAAAAAUAAGAAAGGGGCGAAGCAACAGAAGUUUAUCCAGCAAGUGGAGAAGCAGGUGAAAUCCGGGGGAGUCCACCCAUUGAAAGAUGCCACUAAAAAGCUUGAUAAGGAGCAAAAGUUGAAGGAACAGAAAGAGCUGGCAAUGCUCUUUAAGCCUGUUCAGGUGCAAAAGGUCGAAAAAGGUGCUGAUCCCAAGUCCAUUGUCUGCGCAUUUUUCAAACAAGGCCAAUGUGGAAAGGGCGACAAAUGCAAAUUUUCCCAUGACCUCACCAUUGAGCGCAAAGCGGAAAAGAGAUCGCUUUACGUAGAUAUGAGAGAUGAUGAUGAGGAAAACGACACCAUGGAGAACUGGGAUGAGGAAAAACUAAAGGAGGUUAUUGAGAAGAAACAUGGAAAAGCCGUUGGCGGAAAGCUCGCUGCAACCGACAUCAUUUGCAAGUAUUUUGUGGAUGCAGUUGAAAAGUCCAAAUACGGAUGGUUCUGGCAAUGUCCUGCGGGCGAAAACUGCAUCUACAGGCAUGCUCUGCCGCCCGGAUUCAUGCUGAAGAAAGAUAGGAAAAAGGAUGACAAAAAGGAUGAAAUCACUCUAGAGGAACUAAUUGAAAAAGAAAGGGCUGCGCUGGGGCCAAAGCAGACCAAGGUAACUCUGGAGACUUUUCUGGCUUGGAAGAAGCGGAAAAUCCAAGAGAAAAAAGACGCUGCUAAGAAAGAUGAAGACAAGAAGCGCAGUGACUUUAAAGCGGGCAGGCAGGUUGGCUUAUCAGGCAGAGAAAUGUUCAGUUUCAAUCCGGAAAUGGCUGCUGAAUUUGAUCUGGAAGAAGGAGAUGAGGCGUUCGAUUCUACAAUGUAUAAGAACGACGAUGAGGAUGCAGUAGAAUACAAGGAGAUUAAUCUGGAUAUGCUAGAUGAUGGCUCAGAGGUUGACGAUACUGGCACACUGGCAGCUGAGGACAGAUUCAAGUCGAAUGAGGUCUCAGAACCCAGCAGCAGCUCAAACGACCAGGACGAUGCUGCUGGUGCGGUUCCCAUCAACGAAAACCUAUUUCUGGAAGAGGAUUUGGAUGGCCUAGAUCAAGAACUAGAAGAUCUGGAUCUGGAGGAUUAACAAAAUUGGUCUCUUCAUAUCAAGAGGCCCAUCGGAUAUUUUUCUUAGAGUGUAAGAUUAAUUGAUUUUCAUUACGUUAAAAUUGAAAGGCUAUUUGAUGGCUUGCGUAUUACUUUUAUUGAGUAGUUGCUUUGUACUAGAUAUUUUUCCAGUGAAAAACUUAAGAUCUUAUUACACACGUACAUCAAAUUUGUGGAUUUAGUGAUUAUAGUCAAAUGUAAAUACAGUACUAAAUAAUGAA